UGGAACAGCCGUCGCUCCAGCUGGAACAGCAUCGGCCGAGCCCCCAGCCUCAAGCGCCGGGGGCAGAGUGGCGAGCGCAGGUCCCUCCUCUCCGGGGAAGGGAAGGAGAGCUCAGAGGAAGGAGAGAGCUCGGAUGAGGAGCACUCCAGCCGGGCUGGCAGCUUCAACGGCUCUUUGCCUCAUCGCAUGGAGUCGCUGGAAACAAAAGGGUCCUUUGACCUCCAGGAUACCCUGCAGGUGCCUUCCCUGUAUCGGACCAGCAGCAUGCACAGCAGCCGAACCUCUGCCUCUGAGCACCAGGAUUGCAAUGGGAAGACCUCUCCAGGUCUGCUGCUGCACCAGCUCCCCCUGGAUGAGCCUCACCAGGAUGGUGAUGAUGGCGAUGAUGAAGGCAACAUGAGCAAAAGGGACCGCAUGAAGGCUUGGGUACGGGCACGGCUCCCUGCCUGCUGCAAAGAGAGAGACUCCUGGUCCAUCUACAUCUUCGCCCCUCAGUCGAGAUUCCGUCUGAUGUGCAAUAGAAUCAUCACUCACAAGAUGUUUGAUCAUGUUGUCUUGGUGAUCAUUUUCCUCAACUGUAUUACCAUUGCCAUGGAACGACCCAAAAUCGAGCCUAACAGUGCUGAACGGAUUUUCCUAACGCUCUCCAACUACAUCUUUACAGUUAUCUUCCUGACCGAGAUGACAGUUAAGGUGGUGGCACUAGGCUUGUGUUUUGGAGAGAAAGCCUACUUGAAGAGCAGCUGGAACGUGCUGGAUGGGGUGCUGGUUCUCAUCUCCGUCAUCGAUAUCCUGGUCUCGAUGGUGUCAGACAGCGGCACGAAAAUCCUGGGAAUGCUGCGGGUUCUGAGGCUGCUGAGGACGCUGCGGCCCUUAAGAGUCAUUAGUCGAGCCCAAGGACUGAAGCUGGUGGUGGAGACUCUUAUGUCAUCUCUGAAGCCCAUUGGGAACAUUGUGGUUAUCUGCUGUGCCUUUUUCAUAAUCUUUGGGAUCCUGGGAGUUCAGCUUUUCAAAGGCAAGUUUUUUGUCUGCCAGGGGGAGGACACCCGAAACAUCACAAAUAAAUCGGAUUGCACAGAAGCAAGCUACAAAUGGGUCCGGCACAAGUAUAAUUUUGAUAAUCUCGGCCAGGCCCUGAUGUCUCUCUUUGUUCUGGCCUCCAAGGAUGGGUGGGUGGAUAUCAUGUACGAUGGCUUGGAUGCUGUAGGAGUGGACCAGCAGCCAGUCAUGAACUACAACCCAUGGAUGCUCCUCUACUUCAUUUCCUUCUUGCUGAUCGUGGCCUUCUUUGUCCUCAACAUGUUCGUGGGGGUGGUGGUGGAGAAUUUCCACAAGUGUCGACAGCACCAAGAGGAAGAAGAAGCCAAGAGGCGCGAGGAGAAGAGGCUACGCCGGCUGGAGAAAAAGAGAAGGAGUAAGGAGAAACAGAUGGCUGAUCUAAUGCUGGAUGAUGUAUUAAUGGAGAGCUCAGCCAGUGCAGUGCAAGAAGCACAGUGUAAGCCUUACUAUUCGGAUUACUCCCGAUUUCGCCUCCUGAUCCACCAGAUGUGCACCAGCCACUACCUGGAUUUGUUCAUCACCGGCGUGAUUGGCCUCAACGUGAUCACCAUGGCCAUGGAGCACUACCAGCAGCCAAAGGUUCUUGACGAAGCCCUGAAGAUUUGCAAUUACAUCUUCACCGUUAUCUUUGUCCUGGAGUCUGUUUUCAAGCUUAUUGCCUUUGGGUUUCGUCGCUUCUUCCAAGACAGAUGGAACCAAUUAGAUCUGGCAAUCGUGCUGCUGUCUAUCAUGGGCAUCACUUUGGAAGAGAUCGAAGUGAACGCUUCGCUACCAAUCAACCCCACGAUUAUCCGAAUCAUGAGGGUUCUCAGGAUUGCUCGAGUGCUGAAGUUGCUGAAGAUGGCUGUAGGGAUGAGAGCACUCUUGGACACCGUGAUGCAAGCGCUGCCGCAGGUGGGGAAUCUGGGUCUUCUCUUCAUGUUAUUGUUUUUCAUAUUUGCAGCUCUUGGAGUGGAGCUGUUUGGAGACCUUGAGUGUGAUGACACACACCCCUGUGAGGGGCUGGGACGACAUGCCACGUUCAGGAACUUUGGGAUGGCCUUUCUAACUCUCUUCAGAGUAUCCACAGGAGACAACUGGAACGGGAUAAUGAAGGACACACUGCGUGACUGUGACCAGGAGUCCACCUGUUACAACACUGUCAUUUCACCCAUCUACUUCGUCUCCUUCGUGCUGACGGCCCAGUUUGUCCUGGUGAAUGUGGUCAUUGCUGUGCUCAUGAAGCACUUGGAGGAGAGCAACAAAGAGGCGAAGGAGGAGGCAGAGCUUGAGGCAGAACUGGAGAUGGAAAUGAAGACAAUCACCCCUGGCCAACACAGCCCCUCGGAUAUCUUUGCAUGGACAGGCAGUGCUGGUGGAGAGAGACCCGAGAGCCCCCAAGGAUGUACCAAUCCCAUGCAAAUCAAGGUGGAUUCUCAGCUCUCAUUAGCUUACCAUAUGGAAAGGCACUUGUUUGAUACCAUAUCACUGCUGAUCCAGGAAUCUCUGGAAGGAGAGCUGAAGCUGAUGGACAACCUGUCAGGCUCUGUGUGCCAUCAUUAUGCCCUCCCAGCUCCCGAAUAUUACAACUCUGAGAACAAGGCUGAUCUCCGCUCUAAAGAUGACACACUGACCUUGUCUCCCAGCAAGGACUUGCUGAGUGUGAGGAAACCUUCGGUGGGACGUACCCACUCCUUGCCAAAUGACAGCUACAUGUUCCAGCCGCCGUACUCCAGCCCCUGCCCUGCCUCCCUGGGGGAGAGGAAGCCACCACAUCACAAGUCCCAGUCAGGUUCAAAGGCAUCUGUGCAGUCACAGCCAGCAGACACCAGCUCUCUCCUGCAAAUUCCAAAAGACCAUUUUCACCAUGUAAGAGCUCACGACCAUUUGGUGGGGGAGAGCAAGCCCCAGGUUUCCCAGCAGGUGCACUCUCCUUCUGCUGAAAGGCUGCUCCGCAGACAGAUGGCUAUAAGGAAUGACUCUCUGGAUAGCAAGGAGAAUCUCCACACUGAGGUGAGUGAACUCUCUGACCCAAAUGUCCCUGCUGUGCCCAAGGAGGAGUCACCAGUGGCUCUGACGCCCUCAGAAGCGAAUGAGUUGGCUGCAUGGAGUCGGGUGAGCGUUCAUACGCAGCAGCAUUCCCACAAUCAGUAUAAUAUUUCAAAGCAGGCACCAGCAUCCUGUGCUUGUGCAGACUCGUAUCAGGAGACAGCUGGAGAUUCAAUGGACCAAGAAGUAUCUGAAAUAAACAGCUCCUCGGAGCCUUUCACUUCAGAAACUUGUACAGCCUCGAGUGCCUGUUCAGAGGGUCAGCCUCUCACUCCUAAGAGGAACAUAGGCAAUACCGGCAACGUGACACUGAAGGACCUGAAGAAAUACCACAGUGUAGACACCCAGGGUCUUCUAAAAAAACCACCCUCUUGGUUAGAUGAUCAAAGGAGACAUUCAAUAGAAAUUUGUUCCAUGGAAAACAGCCCUCAGCACCAUUCCACAUCCAGCUCCUCUGGCUUCAUAAGUCAGGUGGUCAGUGAAAUGGAAGGCUUGCAAGGAACACGACAGAAGAAAAAACUGAGCCCUCCCUGUAUAUCUAUAGAUCCACCUGAUGGGCAGAGUUUGGUAGCUAGAGGACCUCACAGCCUCUCACCUGCCAGUGGAGACAUUUGCUUGAGGCGGCGCGCUCCAUCCUGUGAGUCCAAGGAUUCCAUGGAUAUAGGGGAUUCGCUGCUUCCAGACAGUAUGUCAACAUCUCCUACCCCAAAGAAAGACUUGUUGACACUUCCUAGCUUUUCCUUUGAUCAAACAGAAACGGACCCUUGA